AUGAGUAGUAGGGAAAAAGAUGAAAAGAAAAAAAAGCAUAAAGAUCACAAAAGAAAUGUGGAUAAUAAUUACAAUGAAAGAAUAAGAAGGGAGAAGAAGGAAAAGUUUCGUUCGUCAUCAUCUUAUUCAACAGAUUAUGCUAAUAAAAGAAAGAGGAUGAGGACCACGUCUUCAUCUUAUGAUAGUAGUUUAGAAAUAAGAAAACAUAAGAGAAAAAAGAAAAGAAGAAAUAAUUCUUAUUCUUCAUCGAAUAGUUAUAAUAGUAAUACAGAUAAUUAUUCGAAUUAUAAGAAAGAAAAAAUAAAAAAUAAAAAAGAUGUAAAGGAUAAAGUUGCAAGUAAUAUAAAAAAAAAUAAUAAUAAAACCCACGAUGAAAGUAUGUCCUCUACUCAUUCAAGUAAAGAUAAAGUAAAAGGGAAAAAAAAUAAUAAAAAAUGUUAUGAGGAAUAUAAUUCAAUUAGUAGUGAUAAAUAUAAUAAGAAGAAAAAAAAGAAGGAAUCGAGUUCAUCAGAUAAUUCAAGUGUGUAUAGCAUGAAAAGAAAAAAAAAGGAUAAAAGAAAUGGGUCCUAUGAGGGUAAGAAUGUGUAUAUUAGGCGGAGUGUUAGCAGUAGGAGUGUCAGCAGUGAUAGCAAUAAAAGUUAUAGCAAUAAAAGUAGUAGCAAUAAAAGUAGUAGCAAUAAAAGUAGUAGCAAUAAAAGUAGUAGCAAUAAAAGUAGUAGCAAUAAAAGUAGUAGCAAUAAAAGUAGUAGCAAUAUAAGUAGUAGCAAUAAAAGUUAUAGUCAUAUAAGUAAGUAUGGUAAAAAGAAAAAAAAAAUAUAUGAUCCAUUGAAAGACGACGAAAAAAAUGAGGAGACAUUAGAAAUUAACGAAGAUCUAAUUGAAUAUGCAAAACAAAAGAUUUCUAAUGUUACAAUUGAAGAUGUAGGAAAAGCUGGAGGUGUUUAUAUUCCUCCAUUUAAAUUAGAAAGAUUAAAAAAUGAGGUUACAAAUAAGAAGAGUGUUUUAUAUCAAAAACAAGAAUGGAUGAAAUUAAAAAAGAAGAUAAAUAAUAUAGUAAAUAAAGUAAAUAUAGAUAAUAUAAGUGAAGUAUGUUAUGAAUUAUUUGAAUGUAAUUUAAUACGUGGGAAAGGAUUAUUUAGUCGUGCAUUAAUACAUGCACAAUUAAGUUCUCCAGCAUUUACAAAUGUAUUUACAUGUUUAUUAUGUAUUAUAAAUUCUAAAUUUCCUAAUAUAGGUUUAUUAACAAUACAAAGGAUAAUAAUUCAUUUUAGAAGAGCAUAUCAAAGGAAUGAUAAAAUAUUAUGUUUUAAUACUGUUAAGUUUAUAGCACAUAUGAUAAAUCAAAGAAUAAUACAUGAAAUAGUAGGCUUACAAUUAUGUUCAUUACUUUUAAAAAAUAUAACGAAUGAUUCUGUUCAAGUAUGUACUUAUUUUUUAGCAGAAGUUGGAGAAUUAUAUACAAAUAUUUGUCGAAAGGGAUUAGAUAUAAUCUUUGAUAGACUUAAAGAUAUUAUUCAAGAAGGCCAAAUAAAUAUAAAAACUCAAUAUGAUAUUGAAAAAUUAUGGAAUUAUAGAAAAAAUAAUUUUAAAGAUUUCCCCUCUGUUCAUGAUGAUUUAAAUUUAAUUGAUGAAGAGGAAAAAAUAAUACACGAAAUUGAUUUAUUGGAUGAGAAUUUUAAUAGUCAAGAAGAAUUAAAUAUUUUUAGAGAGGUUCCUUAUGAACAAUAUGAAGAGGAAGAUAUUGAAUGGAAAAAUAUUUCUCAAGAAUUAUUAUUUGGAGAUGAUUCAUCAAAUGAAAAGAAAAAGAAAAAAAGAAAAAAUAAAGAAACAAAUGGAAGUGAUAGUGAAAAAUUAAGUAAUUACGAAUUAGACGAAAAUGAUAAUAGUAGUGAGGAUAGUGAAGCCAAAAAAAGUGAUAGUAAUGAAAGUAACGAUGAUGAAAAUGAUAGUGAUGAAAGUAACGUUGAUGAUGAUGAUGAUAAUAAUGAAGAAAUACAUGAUAUGACUGAACAAUAUUUAAUAAAUUUACGAAAAAAUGUUUAUCUAUCAAUUAUGUCAUCAUUAAGUUAUGAAGAAUGUGUUCAUAAAUUAUUAAAAUUAAAUAUAAAAAAAGGAUAUGAAAUAGAAAUAUGUAAUAUGUUAAUAGAUUGUUGUUGUAUGGAAAAAACAUUUCAAACAUUUUAUGCUUUACAAGCAGAAAGAUUAUGUAAAUUAAAAAAAAUUUAUCAAGAAAAUUUUGAAAAAUGUUUUGAUAAUUCAUUUAAUACAGCUCAUAGAUUAGAAACAGCUAAAUUAAGAAACUGCUCAAAAUUUUUUGCACAUCUUUUAUAUACUGAUGCAAUAUCAUGGAGUAUUUUUAAAAUUAUUAAAUUAACAGAAGAAGACACAACUUCAUCAACAAGAAUUUUUAUUAAAAUCUUGUUACAAGAAUUGACAAAUAAUUUAGGACUACAAACAUUCUAUCAUAAAAUAAAUCACCCAGCUAUAUCUCCAUUUCUUAUAGGAUUAUUUCCUACAGACAAUGCACAAAAUAUAAGAUUCUGUAUUAACUUCUUUACAGCCAUAGGAUUAGGCGCCUUAACAUCAUCAUUGAGGAAAUUAUUGAUAACGUAA